AUGACUACACCGCCCCGUGAAGGCACCUUCAAGCGCCUCGUGCGCUCCCUGUCGCGCUCUGGCGGCCCCAAGUCGCCCGGCAACGAGCGGCCCCCAGCUGCCGUCCGCCGCGCCUCGUCCCGCUCCAAGCGCCAGGACGACAUCCGCCGCUAUGCGCCAAAGGGCGACGAGAACGUGCCGCCCAUGCCCAGCCCGUCCAACGGCAUCGCCUACUCGACGAGCCCUCCGCCUGACAGCUACUUUCCUCCUCCUCCUCUCGAAGUCCUUCAGGACACCGAGGCGUCCGGCCGCGGCCGUCACCCCGAGUCGCACGGCGCGCGCGCGUUCGACAUUGGCAUCGCCGACGGCGGCCACUCGGCGCCGGGCGUCACGUUCGCGCCCUCGAGCCACGGCGCCGAGAGCAAGGUCCGGCCCGACUCGGAGCUCGAGGGCUGGCGCCCGCCCGUCCGCCGCUCGGCGUCGCAGCGCGUCAAGCGCCAGCCGUCGACGUCGAGCCCGGCCACGGUCGACGCCAACGGCGGCAACGGCAACGGCAACGGCGGCGCGUCCAACCUGUCGCGGCAGCGCUCGGCGGCGACGCGCAACAACGGCGCCAGCGCCAAGGACGACGACGAGCAGCUCGCGCGCGGGUUCGGCGAGACGGUCACGAUCGGCGAGCGCACGGUCGACGCGGGCGAGCGUCGCGGCGUCACGCUCGAGGACAAGCCGCUGAGCCGCAAGACGUCAACCGCGGCCGGCGGCGGCGGCGGCGGCGCAGGCGUCAAGCGCGCCACGUCGACCUUCACCAAGCGGGCGGGCAAGGCGUUCGAGCCGCCGACCAAGGGCGCCGACGACAAGGCCGUCCUCGUCCUAUGCGCCGAUGGCACCGAGGAGAUCGAGCUCAUGACGGUGUACGACGUGCUCGUGCGCGCGUCGCUGUCGCCCGUCAUCGUCUCGGUGUCGCCCCAGUUCUCGCCGUCGCACUCGCUGCCGCACAUGACGCUCUCGCGCGGCGCCAAGAUCCUCGCCGACACGACGUGGGAGCACCUCGAGACCAAGCAGCCCGACGUCCUCGCGACCUACUUUGACGCCGUCGUCGUCCCGGGCGGCGCAAAGGGCGCCGAGCGCCUGUCGACCGACAAGGGCGUGCAGCGCCUCGUGCGCGACUACUACGACGACGGCAAGCUCGUCGCGUGCAUCUGCGCCGGGUCGCUCGCGGCCAAGACGGCCGGGAUCGGCCUCGGCGGGCGCAUCACGAGCCACCCGAGCGUGCGCGACGACCUCGAGGGCGUGUACGACUAUGUCGACGACGAGCGCGUCGUCGUCGAGGCCAACUUGGUCACGAGCCGCGGCCCGGGCACGGCGCUCGAGUGGGCGCUCGCCAUCGUCGAGAUCCUCGCCGGCGAGAAGAGGCGCGACGAGGUGGCCGGCCCGAUGAUGCUCUGAGCGAGCGGGCUCCUCUCUCCUCUCGGCUUUGCGCAUCCGCCAUACAGACACUGCCUCCUGUCCCGUCCCUUAGUCCCCCAUUCUGUGCCCUCUCCUGGUUAAUCUCGCCACGGUCAUCAUCUCUCUCUCGCAACUCGAUGGUUCCUUUCGCCUUU